AUGGCGGUCGACCUUGCAUCCAUCGUCGUCGCCGUCAUCUCGCUCGUGGCCUCGGUCAUUGUGGCCGGGCUCGGUGCCUACUUUAGCUACUCGACCCAGGAGCGCAAGGCCCGGCGCGAAGCCGAGCGCCUCUUGCAAAAAUAUCGCGAUCCUCUGCUCUUUGCGGCCGAGGACCUGCAAUCGCGGCUUGGCGGCAUCUUUCACGCCGACGUGCUCAGCUUCCACGGCAAGAGCCCGCACCACCACGACGCCCUCUACAUCUACACGUCGUUUGUGCUGGGCCAGUUCUUUGCCUGGACGCACAUUCUGCGCACCCAGACCCAGCUCCUGCCCUUUUCGCUCGAGGAGAGCAAGCGCCUGUCCAAGUUUAUUGAAAUUCUGCACUCGAUCCAGGGCGUCAUGCUCCUCAACAACAAUGCCGAGGAGGGCACGGCCUUUACCCUCUGGCGCGGCAACCAAAUGGCCAUUGGCGAGUUCAUGGCCGAGGGCGGCAGCGGCGGCAGCGCCGAGAAGCUCUGCAUUGGCUUUUACGAGUUCACCCGGACCUGGAAGGCCGACAACCCCAUUGGCCCCGAGGGCGGCGCCGACCUCAACACCAGCACAAACACCAGCGGCGCCGGCGCCGCCCACUACGACGGCCUGCGCUACUGGUUCAAGCCCAUCACCGACGGUCUCAGCCUCUUGGUUGAAAAGGGCUCCGAUGCCCCCGAGGGCUACCGCCUGCGCCGUCUGCAGCAUCUCCUGGUCGACCUGAUUACCGUCCUGGACCCGCAAAAGACGCGUAUCCAUAGCAAGAGUAUCCGCCGCUGCGUUGCCGCGCCUAGCUGCCCUUGCACCGAGUGCCAGAAGAAACCAGGCAUUCACGAGGGGUCUUCAGAGAAGAAAUCCCCGUUCUCGGUGCUGACUAGGAAGAUGGACACACUUCCUGUAUAA